GUGCAACGGAGAAGCGUUUCUCUCUCGCCCUCUCCCCUCUCUACCUUUCCAUUUCUCUUUGCUGCCAUUGCAAUGGCAACCUGGUUACUGCGAGGAUCCAGAACCAUAAUUCAACAGCUUCCCAGAAGGAUGGCCUUCCUCGGUGCUCCUUCCUCGUUGGCUUCGUCGAUGCCAACUUUUGGGGGCCGUGACAGAGCACCUCCGCUACUGGGUAAUACUUGUUCGGGCUUACUUUCCCACUCGGGGCGUCAUGAUUCCACCAAAGCUCAGAUCCAAUUAUACCAUCCCCAUGUCGCUGAAGAUGAUGACAGUCAGCUGUGCGAGGUCAUUGAUUUCCCUGGAGGCAAAGUAGCAUUUACUUCUGAAAUGAGAUUUACUCCCGAGUCUGCUGAGAAACGAGUGCCUUGUUAUCGAGUCCUCGAUGACGAUGGGGUGCCCAUGCCAUACAGCAAAUAUGUACAGGUCAGCAAGGAGAUGGCUGUAAAGAUGUACUCUGACAUGGUCACUCUCCAAAUCAUGGACAAUGUAUUCUAUGAAGUUCAGAGGCAAGGAAGAAUCUCAUUCUACCUCACCUCGACGGGAGAAGAAGCAGUUAACAUCGCUUCUGCAGCUGCACUUUCUGCUGAUGAUGUCAUAUUGCCUCAGUACCGAGAGCCUGGAGUUCUACUGUGGCGUGGCUUUACACUGCAAGAGUUUGCAAACCAGUUACUGGGAAACGAAGCUGAUUUUGGAAGAGGAAGGCAGAUGCCUAUACACUAUGGAUCAAUCAAGCACAAUUACUUCACUAUCUCAUCCCCCAUAGCAACACAGCUUCCUCAAGCGGCGGGCGUUGCCUAUGCCCUUAAAAUGGAGGGGAAAAAAGCAUGCGCUGUUACUUAUAUCGGGGAUGGCGGCUCCAGUGAGGGAGAUUUCCAUGCCGCUCUGAAUUUUGCAGCAGUAAUGGAGGCUCCUGUUAUAUUUAUCUGCCGCAACAAUGGAUGGGCCAUCAGUACCCCCAUAGAAGAGCAAUUUCGAAGUGAUGGUGUUGUAGUUAAAGGUCGAGCAUAUGGGAUCCGGAGUAUCAGAGUUGAUGGAAAUGACGCACUUGCUGUCUAUAGUGCAGUUCAUGCUGCUCGAGAAAUGGCUGUAAAUGAAACUAGACCAGUUUUAAUUGAGGCACUCACAUAUAGAGCAGGACACCACUCUACAUCGGACGACUCAACCAAGUAUCGGUCAACGGAUGAGAUUGAGUAUUGGAAAAUGGCUCGAAACCCUGUAAAUAGAUUCAAGAGAUGGGUGGAAAGCAAUGGUUGGUGGGACAACCGGGAAGAACUGGAGCUUCGAGAAAGCGUGAAGGAGCAGUUAUUGCAAGCGAUUCAGGUUGCAGAGAAAAAACAGAAACCUGCUCUCGAGGAGCUUUUCAAAGAUGUGUAUGAUCAAGCACCGUCGAAUCUUCAGGCGCAAGAGAGACAACUUAGAAAAACCAUUAAGAACCAUCCAGGAGACUACCCUUCCGAUGUUCCUCUGUAAAUCUUACCAACUCAGAAAUCAAACAAGGAUAAACAGGCGUGGCCUUUACUUUAUACAAUAUAUCUUAGAAUUA